CAUCACCCGCUCAAAGGGCUGUCCCCGACAUCCUCCAUCCACGUGUACACACAGCGGGAGGUGUACGGUACUGUCGGCUCCCACGUCACCCUCUCCUGCAGCUUCUGGUCCAGCGAGUGGAUCUCCGAGGACAUCUCCAUCACGUGGCACUUCCAAGCUGAGGGAUCCCGCGACAGCACCUCCAUAUUCCACUAUGCCAAGGGCCAGCCCUACAUCGAUGACGUGGGCAGCUUCAAGGAGCGGAUGGAGUGGGUGGGCAACCCUCGCCGCAAGGAUGGCUCCAUCGUCAUCCACAACCUGGACUACACUGACAAUGGCACCUUCACCUGCGAUGUCAAGAACCCCCCUGACAUUGUGGGCAAGUCCUCCCAGGUCACGCUCUACGUCUUCGAGAAAGUGCCCACCCGCUACGGCGUCGUGCUGGGCUCCAUCAUUGGCGGGGCUCUGCUGCUGGUGGCCGUGGUGGUGGCCCUCGUUUAUCUCAUCCGCCACUGCUGGCUGGGGGGGGGCGGGCGCCGCCUGCAGCGACGGCUGAGUGCCAUGGAGAAGGGAAAGCUGCAGCGAUCGGCCAAGGACGCGUCCAAGCGCAGCCGGCAGGCGCCCGUGCUCUACGCCAUGCUGGACCACAGCCGUGGCACCAAGGCAGCAAGCGAGAAGAAAGCCAAGGGAGCCCCGGGAGACUCCCGCAAGGAUAAGAAAUAGCGGUUAGCGGGCAGGGAAGGUAC